AUGGAAGCAGAUUACAGCAUCUACACCGGCAAAGCAAAGGCAUUCUCAGUCGUUGACUAUGUCCUCUUCUCUCUCACCUUGGCAGCAUCGUUAGGGAUCGGGCUCUUCUUUGCCAUCAAGGACAGAAUGAAACUGGAAUCGGAGGAGUAUCUCUUAGGUGGUCGCAAGAUGUAUGCAAUCCCUGUAGCGUUGUCGCUGUUGGUGACAUUUAUGUCCGCGUUAACGUUGCUCGGGGCGCCGGCCGAGAUUUACAACUACACGACGAUGUACUGGUGGAUAUGUGCAUCGUUUGUGUUGGCGAUAAUACUGUCGGGUGUAGUGUUUAUUCCGUUCUUUUUCAAACUGGGAGUCACAAGUGUGUUUGAGUAUCUUGAGAUGAGGUUCAACAAAGCUGUCCGCAUUUUUGGUGUCGUCAUGUUUCUUAUAUUCACGCUGGUAUACAUGUCCCUAGUGUUGUACGCCCCGUCGCUGGCUUUAAAUGUUGUAACAGGAAUAAACCUAUGGGGUUUACUGGCCUCCGUCGGUCUCAUAGCUACUGUAUACACAGCUGUGGGUGGUAUGAAGGCCGUGUUGUGGACAGACACGCUGCAGGCGGUCAUCAUCGCCGCUGGGUUGUUUGCAGUUCUCAUCCAGGGUUCCAUCGUCAUGGGAGGAUUCCAGAACGCCUGGAGCAUUGCCGCCAACAGAUCUAGGAUCAACUUCCACGAGGUCAGUGCUGAUCCCACAACACGGCAUUCUGUAUGGACGAUCGUUAUCGGCGGAGGUUUCUUGUGGGUGAGCAACUAUGGCAUCAAUCAGGCGCAAGUACAGAGGGCUCUCUCCUGUCCGUCAGUCAGGAAGGCACAGCUUGCUCUUUUCGUGAAUCUGAUCGGCCUCAUCUUCAUCGUCAGCAUGUGCUGCAUGAUAGGCAUCGUCAUGUUCGCCUUCUACGCCGACUGUCAUCAUCUCCAGUACAACAACCUCAUCUUUAGUGCAGAUCAGCUGUUGCCGCUGUAUGUGAUGGACAUCCUGGGACACCUUCACGGACUGCCGGGAGUGUUUGUAUCCUGCAUCAUCAGCGGAGGACUCAGCUCGCUGUCCUCAGGUUUCAAUGCAAUAAGUGCCGUAAUACCCAAAGACCUAAUCCAGCCAUUCUGCUGCGGCAAGAUGACGGACAGGACUGUAACUAUUCUGUGCAAGAUUAUUGUGUUCAUAGUUGGCGGUCUGACGAUAGCCCUGGCGUUUGUUGUGUCACAGUUAGGGAACGUGAUGCAGGCUGCGUACAGCGUGACAAGCGUUCUCAGCGGUCCUAUGUUUGGCCUCUUCAUCCUAGGGAUGUUCUUCCCGUGGGCAAAUUCUUGGGGUGCUCUGGCUGGGGGUCUGACGUCGGUUACACUCAUGGUCUGGAUCUGUAUUGGUGCAUAUCUGAACAAAGCGUCCACCGGUGUUUUGUCAUCCUUUUCAACUGCCGGCUGCAACUGGAACGUCACUACAACGUCAGCUACGCUGCCAACCACUUCCAUACCAUUAAACAUAACCACAGAUGCUGUCCUUCCUUCGCCAGGCUCAAGUGACCCUUUCUACCCACUGUAUGAGUUAUCGUACUUCAAUUACUCUCCGACAGCUGUAGCGGUGGUUGUUGUAGUUGGCCUUGUCGUCAGCUUCAUCACAGGAAGCACUGAUCCUAAAACCUUGGAUCCUCGUCUCAUCUGCCCUCUGUUUGACCGCCUCUUCCCCUGCUUGCCGGAGAUGAUACUCAGACCUCUCAGAUGUGGAGUUAACCACGAAGGGAAUCAUGACAAUGCCACGAAAUAUUCAUUAGAUCGUACAGGCGGAACCGUGGACACAAACAAGGCAAUCUCCAAGUGCCAUGAUGAUAACCAGAAACCACGACACAUCAAUAAAAAUGAUGAGUCGAAAAAUGGACAUACCAAUCCAGCUUUUAUACAAUCGUAUCUUUAAACUCCUUUGAUUCUCAGACCUCUGCAGUGGAUUCUAUUACCAUAAUUGUAAAAGUGAGACUAUGUGUCGUGAUCUGGUGCCGUCUAGACUUUAUAGAAUCAUUAUGGUCAUAUGUUUCUUGGCUUCUUUGUAUCUUAUGUAUGAGGUAUGUAGACAAAUAAUUGUUAUUAGUAAUUGUUUUGUUGAAUAUUUGUUUGUGGUGGUCACUUUUUCUUGUUGGCAGUUCUAUUUUAUGGUGUUUUCCUUUUUAUCUUUUCAUUUUUAAUGAUCAUUGUCAAGCCAGUUCUUGUGACUAUGCGUUGCCUGACAUAGGUCUGCAGCGGACGUGAGAACUAAUUUUUUGUUUCGAAAUAUAUUCCAAUUAUUCCAUUUCGUGUCAUGUUACAUACUGAUACUAAAAAAUGUCACAAUGCCAACUGGUUGCA